CCCCUCCGCAAGCCCCGUAUCUAACCACACCGUGCUGCUCGCCUCAGGAACUCCGCGCGCUUCCCCCACUCCUCCUCGCCGCCGCCGCGUUCGUCGCGGCGCGGAGAUGAAGGCCAUCGGGAGCGGCGGCGAGUGGUGGUGGAACCUCCCGUCCCUCCGCCGCAAACCAGACCCCCGCCGCCGCGGCCGCCGGAACCCGGACCCGCGCGGCCGUCGCCGCGGGCCCCCGCCGGAGCCGCUCUCGUCGUCGUCGGAGUCCAUCGGACAAAGCCGUGGCUGGCCCAUGGACUUCCCGUUCACGCAGGCCGUGACCGCCGCCUCGCUCACGCUUACAGGAGACACACUCGCGCAGGUCCACCGCCGAAUCGUGGACCGCCGCCUCCGCGGCCCCGAACCCGACAGCAAGGGUUUUCUGCCGGACAUAUUGAUGAACCAUGAUUGGCUACGCGCCCUUCGUAUGGCUUCGUAUGGAUUUAUUCUUUAUGGUCCGGGGUCACACGCAUGGUACCAGUUCCUUGAUCAGUGUAUGCCCAAGCCAACGUUUGUUAAUCUAUCCACUAAGGUCAUAUUGAACCAGAUUGUGCUUGGUCCUUGUGUUAUUGGUAUAAUUUUUGCCUGGAAUAACUUAUGGUCUGGGAAACUGUCAGAACUGCCAUCUAAAUAUCAGAACGAUGCCCUUCCUACACUUCUUUUCGGGUUUAGAUUUUGGAUUCCUGUUUCGAUCAUUAACUUCUGGAUGGUUCCUUUGUCUGCUCGUGUUGCCUUCAUGUCCUCUUGUUCUAUUUUUUGGAACUUCUACCUGUCGUCCACUAUGAGCAAAUGAAACCUCUAGUAUAUCUUCAGGGCAUGCGCAAGCUGUAUUCUUCAUGUUAGGUGACUCAUUGCAAAAGUUUUACUUGGGUUAUUGUGGGGAUUCAGUCGGCUGCUGUGGAGGAGGGUUUGGAGCUAUUUUUUGCUCUGGUGGUAAAGUAGAUGGUAGACUCACCUCCUGCACGAUUCUGGCGGCUGCCUCGUGAUUGACUGAAUUCUUGUCGUGGUCUCGAGGACAAGGUUGAUGGAGAAAUUGUCUGUCUAAACAUGUAUGAGAGGCGGGAAAGGUGCCUGUAAUUUUCUUUUUAUUUGUUCAAUAAGCUACAGUUGAAUGACAAGGACAUACUGAUACCUAGACUCUGAAUAAAUGCACGAUAUUCAGAUGGGCGCAA